GAUUUACGCAUUCCAUAAAUUAACCAAAACAAAACAAACGCUCUCUCCGUCUGUUUGAUGCUUUCAGUGAUUGGAGAAAAUUUAGUCAGGAGAAAAUAUCCCCUAAUCGGCAGGGAGGAGUGGCAAUUUCGAUACCCUAGGUAAUGCUUAAGUCUAUUUUCGAGAGUGGAACAAACAUGCGAACCGAUACGUUGAACCGAAAUGUCGGUGUGCCAUCAUCCGGUGCCGGUGGGACAGUAGCGGCGGAUCAAACCGAUGCCACCGGAGGACUGGUGGAUGUUGAUGCGUAUAGGCGGAUAGUGAAAAGUUUUAUGGAUAUGCGGCGCUAUCAAACGGCACUAUUUUGGGCGGAGAAAGUGACGGUCCUGAGUAAUAACGAUCCCCGGGAUGUAUACUGGCUGGCUCAGUGUAUGUUUCUGCUGCGGGAGUUCCAUCGGGCGGCUUACGUUAUUCGGAAUCGUGGAUUGGAUAAACGAAAUCUGCUCUGCCAUUAUUUGGCUGCGGAGUGUCUCACCGAGGCGAAAGAGUAUCAGGAAGCGCUGGACACGCUAAAUUCGGUGGACUGUGAACUGCUAGCGAACAGUGUUGCGACCAGUGGUAGGGAUGACUCAAGCACCGCGGAAGAACCUGUUUUCGAGGAGCCCAACAAGAACGACGUUUUGGCGUCAAUUUAUUUUCUGAAGGGAAAAAUCUUGGAAGCGAUGGACAAUCGAAUACUGGCAAUGGAUUGUUACGUCCAAGCACUGCAUAAAUCUGUUUACUGUUCAGAGGCUUUGGACGCGUUGGUGCAACAUGAGAUGCUAAUGGCUUGGGAGGAGAAAGAGCUUAUGCAACACAUUCCGAUGGAGCAGCAGUGUUCGGAUGCGGAGAAGAAAAUUUUAAAAAGACUGUACGAAAGCAAACUUAAGAAAUACUAUGAAUCGAUAGCCCCGCAAACUAAUAUCGAGCAAACGCCGGUCGGAACAAUGAGUACGGAUUUGCUUCACGUUUUAACGGAGAAGCUGAAAAAUAGUAAAAACAUUGAGAGUAACAAAGCAGCGGCAGUUGCUUCAGCUUUGCCGAAGUGCUUCACAACACCUGUUCCCAACAAAAUAAUGUCACCGGCGAACAAGAUCCUCGAGGAAAUCAAAAACACUCCCUCAUAUCUGAUACAAUCGUCUCUCUCGAAAGCCUCUAUUUUUCGGUCCAACCCUGGAAGUGGAAAUGCCUCCAAGCAGGAAACUCCCUACCGAAUCAAUAGGCCAAUUAGUACGCAAAGCCCAUCCACCAUUCGGAUACAGAGCUGUAUCGAGCGGCUUGAUAAUUGCGUGGACUUGGUCGUGUCAACGGCGGAGAAAUAUUUCUACAAUAGUGAUUACAAGAAAUGCAUGAAAAUGAUCGAUGAAAUUCUUAAACGCGAUCCAUACCACAAACGCAGCCUAACGGUGCAAAUCGGCUGUUUGAUGGAGAUGAAGGAUUUCAACAAGCUGUUUUAUGUUGCCCACAAGCUGGUGGAUUUCUAUCCGGAUGAUGCGAUUUCCUGGUACGCAGUGGGCUGCUAUUACGACCUGAUUGGUAAGAGUGAUCCCGCCCGGAGGUAUCUCUCGAAGGCAACAACUUUGGAUCGUCUUUACGGGCCAGCUUGGCUAGCCUAUGGUCAUUCCUUCGCUAAGGAGAAUGAACACGAUCAAGCGAUGGCAGCAUAUUUUAAGGCUACUCAGCUGAUGAGAGGCUGCCAUCUUCCGCUGCUGUAUAUCGGGGUGGAAUGCGGGCUGACCAAGAAUUUAGAAAUGGCGGAAAAGUUCUUCUAUCAGGCGAUGUCUAUCGCUCCGUUGGAUGUCUACGUGCUGCACGAGCUGGGCGUGAUAAAAUUCGAGUACGAGCUGUAUGACAGCGCGGAGGAAGUGUUUCGAACGACGCUGGAUAUGGUUCAGAGUAUGGCGAGGGCGAAUCAGGAGCCCAUUUCCGUGCGAUGGGAACCUCUGCUGAACAAUCUGGGUCACUGCUGUAGGAAAAACAAGAAAUACGAGGAAGCGUUGGAAUUCCAUCGGAGGGCGUUGUUUCUGAAACCGUUGAGUGCUUCCACGUACACGGCGAUUGGAUUCGUUCAGGCGUUGAUGGGGAAACUGGACGAUGCGGUUGAAUCAUUCCACAAGAGCUUGUCCCUCAAGAGGGAUGAUGUUUUCACUACGACGAUCCUGAAGUACGCUAUCGAGGAUCUUGCGGAAGAAGCCCCGCUUCCGUUUUACGCCGAGGAAGCAGACGAUAUCGAUCUGGAGGGUAAGGGAGACGAUCUGUCUGAAUCCAAGGACGAUGAGAUGGGUGGUAGCUGCGGUGGUGGUAGUGGCGGUAAUGAAGGAAGCGGGAUUCCAGGUAGUGGGGAUGGAGCACCCACCCGAUUGAAGCUGAAGUUCGAUGAGUAUGAUUCCAAUGCGUCGCCAGUGAGUGACACUAGCGCGGAUGAUAUGAGUAUGGAUCUCUAGGUUAACUGUGCAAAACGCUUGUUUUGAGAUUAUUAUUACGUAAAUGUUGCAUUGAAUAAAUACAAUGUUUGGUUAA